AUGGAAAAUGGCACGCUACAGACCCAGCCGACAACUCCGGCGCAGCGCCGUUCUUUAUAUGCGUGCGUGCAAUCUCGGUUGCCUAAACGUGCAAAUUUCGGGAUCAAACCGUCGGUAAUGCAUUUACGUUAUAAAUUUAAUAUAAUAUUAUUGUGUUACGAUGACUUAUCCAUCGCCGUCGGGACGAUGCUGAUGAUGACGAUACAAUUGGAUGGACUACAGAAUAGAUUUCACUGCAGUAAACAGUCUCAAUGUCUGUCGAACAAAAAUGUCCAGCCGAGGACGGGUUAUUGUCGUAAUAACAAUCGAGAAUGGUACACAACGGUUUGA